CAAAGCGGAGUCGGGCGGCACCGGUACCGCUACGAACGGAUUUUUUUGGCACACAGUCAUGAAGAAGCUUCCAACUUUGUAACCCGCAUGCAGCGGGCCAACCCUUGAGUCAUAAGUAGGCCCUCGUUCUGCAGGCUGACUCGGAACCGAUGGUUCAUCUUACUCUAGUCACAGGGCCCAUGCGUUUCCAAGUGUAACUGAUGCCUUUUCGGUCAGAAUCUCCCUUGCAAUGAUCCAUGACUCCUUUUUAUUACCCGGCAGCGCGCUACCCAUAGCUUUAUAAAAUGGUACAUUCAGCUUUUAGUAUCGACAGACCGAGUCCUGAUGACAAUGGACGACACCAGUAAAUGCACCAGCUCACCCUCGUGUACAACUGUUCCACAGGAGCAAGAAUUGAUACUCGUAAAAUUUGACGAAGGGGACCCACGCGACCCACAAAACUUCUCUUAUGUGCGGAAGUGGGCCAUCACGUUGACUUGUUGCGUGUUCGCUGCAAUCGCAGCGUCAUCAGCGUCAUCGUAUUCGAUCAGUUAUGAGUCGAUGAUGCAGGACUUAAAUUGUACUCAACUUCAGGCGACCUUGGGACUAAGCCUGUACGUAGCAGGUGAUGGGAUUGUCCCGUUGAUUUCUUCGUCGUUCAGCGAGGAACGCGGCAGACGACCCCUUUACAUCGCGUCAGCCAUAUUAUUUAUGCUCGCUGAAGUUAUGAAUGCAUUGGCACCAAACAUACAAACCGUGAUUGUGUCGCGUGCACUACAAGGAGUCUUUGGCUCAACUGGCGCGUCCCUAGUCGGGGGCAGCAUCGCUGAUAUAUGGCGGCCACAUGAACGCGGAUUGCCAAUGUCUUUGUUUGCAUUCACAACAAUAUUCGCUUUUGGCCUCGGAUCGGUGUUUGGGGGGCUCAUUGCUGCCAAUCCACACCUCGGUUGGCGGUGGGUCCAAUGGGUGCAUGUCAUGUUCUCUGGGGCAUAUGUUCUCGGUGUCAUCCUGGUGAUGAGCGAAACCCGUUCAUCCAUUGUUCUAACUCACAUCGCGAAGGAUACCAGAAAGAUGACCGGUGACCCCAGAUAUCGGUCCAGCGCUGAAAUUGACAAACCAAGCAUGACAUCUCUGAUUAAGACGUCGUGCACACGGCCGUUGUAUCUAUUGUUGACUGAACCUAUCGUGCAGAGCUUUAGUGUUUGGAGUGGCUUCACUUGGGGGGUCGUGUUCUGCUUGCUCGAAUCCUCCACCACGGAGUUUCAGUCUAUCUACAACUUCAGUAUCAGCGAUACGGGACUUGUAAACCUGUGUCAGAGUGUCGGAGCCAUCUUCGGGUUAAUGGCGAACUUGUAUCAGGAAACCUUGUAUCGGCAAUACUUUCCGACAAAGGGCCAAGAAGCACGACUAUACAUGACGUGUGUUGCUGCUAUUGUCCUGCCCGCUUCAAUGUUCAUCUACGCAUGGACGGCAUCACCAAAUAUUCAUUGGAUAGUACCUCUUAUUGCAUUGACUGCGUUUAUGUCUAGCGUCUUCGUAAUAUUCCAAGUUACAUUUUUAUAUCUUGCCGAUUGCUACGGUCCAUAUACCUCCUCGGCCCAAGCGGGACAGAGCUUGACUCGAAAUAUAAUGGCAUUGGUCUUCCCACUCUUCACACAGCAAAUGUUCGCUGGUAUGACAUAUAAGUGGGGACUGUCACUCUGGGCGCUGCUAUGUAUGGUGAUGGCACCAAUUCCAUGGGUCCUUCUCUUCUUUGGGCCAAAGAUCCGCUCGCGUAGUAAAGUGUCUCGCAAAUUUCUCGAGGCUGAACAACAACAAUUGGACGGUGGCAGAACUGUUAUUUCCAUCCUCACUGAGGAAAAAAGUAUGAAAGUGUAAUGAAUUCUUGCUUGACAUAAUACAACGACUGCAAUGACCCUUCAUGUGAACGUCGUGACUUGACCAACGCUACCAUGUCGUUUUAAUGCAUUAAUUGUAACUACCAACACACCAACCUCCACCCUAACAUCUUCGAUCAUUAUUAUAAAGUAAUGCAUCAUUAGC